AUGUUGUUUCCCUUCCUCGCAAAUCCAUCAUAUAACACUUAUGGAUUUCUCACCACAAUCGCUACACAUCUGAUUCAAGGAUUUUCAUCUAUUUGCAACGCAACGCCCACACUCUUCUCCCCCUUCUCUCAGCCGAUCCCUCUUCUUCCGUUUCAUUGUCGCUUCCGGUUUAUCGCCGCCGACCUUCAAAGCGAGGCAGUUGCUGCACGCUGUUCAGUUUCCUUUGCACAUCCAAAGCUUUUCUCCCGUUGCCUUGCUGCUGGAUCGACGACUCACUAUUCGUCCUCUCUGUUCAUCUCUCUUCCUUGGAUCUUCAGCCGACGCCGUGGCAAUCGUGUAGCAACCCGAGUCACUUUAUAUCUCCGGCGCUCAUCAAUCUCUGUUAUUGUGCCAUACUUCUGUGUGUACAUUAUUGUACUUAUCAGGUUUGAGGCUUGGUUCUUAUACCUCCAUUUGCAAUCUAAGAAAAUAAGUUAA